UAUUGUCCACUUUGAUUUAAAUUUGUCUCUUCCACUUGCCUUUGUGUGUAUCGCGCAAUGCAGUCGAAAAGUCGAAAAUCUUCCCAUGACUUUCUUCUUCUAAUUAUGAUCUCUAGUUAUGUGUCAGCAGCACGUUCAUAAUUUUCACAACAAAACGCCCAAAAUUGUUUCUCGUUCGAGUUUGUAAAUAAUUCUAUGCAAUUAAAGAAGUAUGUGUGUAUGUAAACUGAUUGCCUUUUGUGCAUUCCUACACUGGAAUGAUGAAUGUCUGCAUUUAUUUGGCGAUUAGAGCGAAAUGUACGAAAGAAAAAGAAAAAAAAAACAACAAACGGAAAGUAAUGAAACGGAAGCAAACGACGUCAUUUACGCGCAAUUUGUACCGAAACUCUGCUCGUCGUUAUGAUCAGCAAUAAUCACUUGAGCCGGCAGGCAGCAAAGCGGCGCUUACAGCUUUCAAGAAUUCUACUUGCGAGCGCAGAGGACACUUUGUAUAGCACAUUUGGGCAGCUCAGUUCGCGCUAAACACUCGAACGAUGCGCAACGUUGGCGAAAAUGCAAUUUCGGAAACUUUAAUUGAUUGAGUGUCUAAGAAAAUAGUCUAGUGUGAAGUGUGGUGUGGCGUUCGUGGAAGAUGCGCGGAUUCUUAUAAAGCAAAAAAAAAAAAAAACAAAACGUUAAUAAUAGAAAAACCAAAGCAGUGACGCUUAGAAAUUUAAUAAGAAAAAAAAAUUAAUAAAUAAAUAUUAAUUAAAAACACUAAGAUCAAACUUGCAACUCAAAAGUGUAUCACAGUGCAAAAGCUAUAAAUAGACGCACUCAGCAAAGAAUAAAUACAAAUCUAAAUUUUUAUUUAAAUUAAACGAAAAAAUAAUUCCACAAUGACACAUGCCAUUUUAACCGCGUACCAUAUCAUCUCCGCUGCGGUUUUCUUUGCGGUUGCAAGUUCAGACUUGACGAGCUCGGAUAAUAUUGUGCAAAUAUCUGAGUUAAGACUGCGAGAUGAAGAGUUGACCAGAAGAGUGCUGGAAAAUGAUACCGUGCUGUUACCUUGUGAUAAUCAUUUUACAUUUCAGUACGUGCGCUGGUUUAAAGAGGAUCAGCUCCUAGUCGAUUCACGUGAUAGCAAUGAGACACUAACUCCAGACCACAUACGACUUUGGUCGAAUGGCAGCUUACAAAUAUCACAACUACAACCGAGCGACACCGGCGAUUACAGUUGCGCGCUGAAAACCGACAAUGACACGGAAGUGAAGAAAAUGCACGCGAUAAUAGUACAAUAUGCGCCGACAGUGAAAAUAGAACCGGAAGGUGUUAUCGAGUUGCCAAUUGGUGCAGUUUUUCAGGUAAUCUGCGAAGCGAGAGGCGUGCCACAACCCAAAUUGUAUUGGCGUUGGAAUGGCAAACUGGUGGAUAAUGAAAUGAUUGGAAAUCGUUUGAGUAUGCAAAUUGAAGUGGGCUCCCGCGCACAAACUGGACCAAUCGAUUGUGUGGCUAACAAUAGUAUAGGCGAUUUAGCGGUAACGGGCAUGUUUCUCAAAGUGCAAUUUCCACCGGAAGUGCGCCUAGUACAACACAUUGUCUAUACAAAAGUUGGUUUGCGCAGCGAUUUGGAAUGCCUCAUCGAGGCUGUGCCGCGUGCAGUGGUAAAUUGGUUUCAUCAUGGCGUGCCGAUGACUUACGAUUCACGUAUAAGUCGUUAUGAAACCGAGUUACAACCAAAUGGUUCGAAUUUACAAUUCAACACAGUUAUCAAGCACACACUGGCUAUACGAAAUGUACGCGACUCGGAUCUCGGCUUAUAUGAGUGUCGUGCGGAAAAUAAAUUGGGUUUUAAGAGCGCCGCAAUCGACUUGACUGGUCGUCCGAUGCCGUGUGUCUUCAAAAUUAAUCCAGGCGUACAGAGUUCGACGUCACAUGUGUUGGUGUGGCAGACUGAGAGUUUGUCGGCGUUAAUGGAGUUCAAAUUGAAGUUUCGACAAAUACCAUCAGCCAGCAUCACACCACAAACUUUGGAUGUUGAUUACAAAACUGAAUGGACAAUAUUGACAAUACCAUCGGAGCUAUCCGCCGGUCCCAUUCACAUAACCACAUAUACGUUGCAUGGCCUACAGCCGGCCAGCGUCUAUGAGGUGGUGGUGUUUGCACGCAAUCACUUUGGUUGGAGCGAGAGUAGUAAGAUUGUAAGAUUUGCGACGGGUGGGGAAGUUGAAUUACCGAAUUACUCAACUGAGGCUGAGUUAUACAGCAACGAAGACUUCUCUUCCGUUGAAAAUGAGGAGCAAGCAAAGGAGGACUCAGUGCAUUUGAAUGAAGUUUACGAUAGUAAUACUAGUAUAUCUGCUACUUCGAGCCUUUGGAGUUUUGCGUAUUUCACAUUCUUAACACUUUUUGCUAUUCUUAAAUAUAAUUUACUAUGACGACAUUUUGUA